AUGCCGGCGUCGACCGGGCUGUCUGAGGCUCCCGCGCCGACGCCCGCCGGCGACAUCAACUUUGGACGAUUAUUGCAACGCGAUGAAGACACGGCGCAGAUUCUCAUCACGCAAACCGUCACCCGAUCGUGGACUACCUACGUCACCGUCGAAACCCUCCACGGCGGCCUCCCAGCAGAACCGACCGCCCGGUCGUCAUCAGGCCUCUCCGGGAAGCAGCUCGGCAUCAUCCUCGGGUCCGUGCUCGGAGGAGUCUUGAUUCUCAGCCUCAUCGGCUGCUAUUUCCUCUGCAGAAGAUGGAAGUACUGGCAUAAAGGCCGCAUCCCUAGAUCGCACACAACAUCACCUUACGCCCGGACAAAACCGAAGUUCCGGUUCGGCCUAACUUCUUCACGCCUGAAUCUGGCAUCUGUAUUUACUCCUGGUACCCGCCAGAACCCUCGUUCUCGUUCAACCUCGCCGUCUUCCCUUUCUUCGGCUCCUCCCGUGCCUCCGCCCGCGAAGCCACCUCCCGCUUAUUCUGGCGGCUUCAAGGGCUGGUUCGGAGGCGGUGCAAAGCCGGAUGAGAAGAGAGGUGGAGGAAGCUCCGUCACGAGCAGCAGCGUCUCUUAA